AGCUCAUAUUUCUUGCAAUUUCUGGUGACAGAUAAUAAAUAUCUUCAGUACUUCCUUCAACUCACUUUAGUGUAGGUGUAUCGCUACUUCAUUUUUAUUUAUUUUUAAUUCAUCUGUCCAUAAACUCAGCCUACUCUCUCAAGUGUAAAAAAAAAGUUGCGAAACCCAAAACGACUAAACCUAACCAAAAAAAUUAUUCCGAAAAUGGCUUUUUUGGAAGGUCUCCUCGCGGAAAUACUUCUUAAUCGUCGUGGCGAUUUUCUCUACAAGGACUUUAUUGACGAAAAAGAGGAGUUUUGGAAAGAGAGUCAGAAUGACAAUUCCAAUUUUUUCUUCCCGAACGCCUGCCAAAUCUGUGGAUGUAUGGGUUCCGAGAAACACCUUCUUCGUUGCUCAAAAUGCCAAAUGAUCUCCUACUGCGGAAAGGACCAUCAGGUCGAGCACUGGCCCUCCCACAAGGCCUUUUGCAAAGCCCUCAUGGAAACUCGGAGAAGAAACGACGUUCUCAAAGAUGCCAAAGGUCGAAAGCAGGAAACCUGGGUGAACGCGAAACUCGGACUCAUCAACCUCGUCACCAAGAAACUUCUUCGAAAACUCACCCCUCACGAGGAAAAGGUCAUCAAAUUUCCUCGAUCCUGUCUCAUAUGCCACGACGUCGAUCAAUACAAACUCGUCAAUUGUCCAAAGUGCCCCAGUGCCAGUUUUUGCCAACAACACAACAAUCUCCGCGAAAAAGUCCACGAUGAAAAGUGCCCGGAAUUCAAACUCUGUCACAGUAUCGCCCUGGAGAAGCUUCGCGCGGAUCUGGAAGCGAAGAAGAAUUCUGACAAGGAGAAGGAAGAAUCGAAGAAAAAAGAUUCAAAGAAAUCCAAUUCGAAGAAAAAAUCGGAUAGAAAGAAAAAUUCCGAAUCUGAAGAAGAACUCGAGGAAUAUUUAGAUCCUGACACUGUGAUUUCUGUGAUUAAAGAACCGCCAAUUAAAUCCAUUCCGUAUUUCGAAAAAUCUCCCGAUUCAAUGAACAGUUUUUUGAAAAUGUAUUUCCCGAGGGAGUCAACGGAUAAUAUGAGUACAAUGCAACGUCUCGAAAUCGCCGAUUUAUUUGUCAAACCUCUGAGUGCUUUUCGAACUUUGGAAAAGCUUGAUCGAGCACAGGAACGGGAAUUAAUUAUACAUGUUAUUGGUGCCAAAGUUGAGGAUUUGGACACGUACUUGUUCUGGGAGACGCUUUUUCACUGGAUGCCGAAAGUGACCUCACUUAAAGUCGUGCUUUUUGGUGCGGAAUUCGUGAGGCAAAAUUUAAGUCCGAAAUUGUGUGAGAACUGUGUAGAAAAUGAAAGGCAUAUCGUUUUCGAGUUAUACAAUUUGGGAUAUAAAGAGUUUGCGCAGGAGAAAUCGUUUUCAAAACCAAGUUUGGUGAUUGGAUUUCAAAUCCAAGGAAAAAAAGAGGUGGAAUCCUUGCGAAGUGUUACCAACUUUGUGGCACCGUUUGCAUUCACGAGUGAUGUGGAAAAACUGGCGAAGGAGGAGCACAAACAUAUGAAAAAGCUCUUGGGAAAAUCGGUGGAAUAUGAGGCUUUUGAGAAGAAUCCGUUCUCGGGAGGGACACCGAGUUUGAAUUUUGAGACCGAUGGAAUUUCAUACAAACAUCAGUUUUUGACGAUUUAUAAGGAUUUAAGAAGAUCGGCGAAAGGAAAUAGAAAGCAGAAUGGUUUCUGAGGGCAUCAAAUUAUGGAUUUAGAAGAAGAUCUUUUCGACAAGAAUCUUUCUGAAGACAUGAACAAAAUGUGAUAAAAUCGCAUUUUAAAGAUGUGAAAGCUGAA